AUGCUGCAGCGAUCAAACCACUGCAGCCUCCGCCUCAUCAUCCUUGAGCAAGGCGCGCGCGUGGACCAAGGCGCGGGCGCGGACCAAGGCGCGGGCGCGCGGACCAAGGCGCGCGGGCGCGCGGACCAAGGCGCGCGGGCGCGCGGACCAAGGCGCGCGCAAGCGCGGACCAAGGCGCGCGCGCGCGCGGACCAAGGCGCGCGCGCGCGCGGACCAAGGCGCGCGCGCGGACCAAGGCGCGCGCGGAGACCAAGGCGCGCGUCCGCGCGCGCGGACCAAGGCGCGAGCGCGGACCAGGGCGCGCGCGCGGACCAGGGCGCGCGCGCGGACCAGGGCGCGCGCGCGGACCAGGGCGCGCGCGCGGACCAGGGCGCGCGCGCGGACCAGGGCGCGCGCGCGGACCAGGGCGCGCGCGCGGACCUGGGCGCGCGCGCGGACCUGGGCGCGCGCGCGGACCUGGGCGCGCGCGCGGACCGAGGCGCGCGCGCGGACCGAGGCGCGCGCGCGGACCGAGGCGCGCGCGCGGACCCAGGCGCGCGCGCGGACCCAGGCGCCCGCGCGCGGACCCAGGCGCGCGCGCGCGGACCAAGGCGCGCGCAGCGCGGACCAAGGCGCGCGCGCGCGGACCAAGGCGCGCGCGCGCGGACCAAGGCGCGCGCGCGCGGACCAAGGCGCGCGCGCGCGGACCAAGGCGCGCGCGCGGACCAAGGCGCGAGCGCGGACCAAGGCGCGCGCCGCGGACCAAGGCGCGCGCGCGGACCAAGGCGCGCGCACGGACCAAGGCGCGCGCGCGGGACCAAGGCGCGCGCGCGGACCACGUCGCGCGCGCGGACCACGGCGCUCGCGCGGACCACGGCGCGCGCGCGGACCACGGCGCGCGCGCGGACCACGGGGCGCGCGCGGACCACGGCGCGCGCGCGGACCACGGCGCGCGCGCGGACCAAGGCGCGCGCGCGGACCAAGGCGCGCGCGCGGACCAAGGCGCGCGCGCGGACCAAGGCGCGCGCGCGGACCACGGCGAGCGCGCGAGCCACGGCACGCGCGUGGACCAAGGCGCGCGCGUGGACCAAGGCGCGCGCGUGGACCAAGGCGCGCGCGCGGACCAAGGCGCGCGCGCGGACCAAGGCGCGCGCGCGGACCAAGGCGCGCGCGUGGACCAAGGAGCGCGCGCGGACCAAGGAGCGCGCGCGGACCAAGGCGCGCACGCGGACCAAGGCGCGCGCGCGGACCAAGGCGCGCGCGCGGACCACGGCGCGCGCGCGAGCCAGGGCGCACGCGCGAGCCACAGCGCGCGCGAGCCACGGCAAGCGAGCGAGCCAAGGCGCGCGCGCGGGCCAAGGCGCGCGCGCGGGCCAAGGCGCGCGCGCGGACCAGGGCGCGCGCGCGGACCAGGGCGCGCGCGCGGACCAGGGCGCGCGCGCGGACCAGGGCGCGCGCGCGGACCAGGGCGCGCGCGCGGACCAGGGCGCGCGCGCGGACCAGGGCGCGCGCGCGGACCAGGGCGCGCGCGCGGACCAGGGCGCGCGCGCGGACCAAGGCGCGCGCGCGGACCAAGGCGCGCGCGCGGACCACAGCGCGCGCGCGGACCACGGCGCGCGCGCGGACCAUGGCGAGCGCGCGAGCCACGGCGCGCGCGUGGACCAAGGCGCGCGCGUGGACCAAGGCGCGAGCUCGGACCAAGGAGCGCGCGCGGACCAAGGCGCGCGCGCGGACCAAGGCGCGCGCGCGGACCAAGGCGCGCGCGUGGACCAAGGCGCGCGCGUGGACCAAGGCGCGCCCGUGGACCAAGGCGCGCGCGCGGACCAAGUCCCGCGCGUGGACCAAGGCGCGCGCGCGGACCAAGGCGCGCGCGCGGACCAAGGCGCGCGCGUGGACCAAGGCGCGCGCGUGGACCAAGGCGCGCGCGGACCAAGGCGCGCGCGGACCAAGGCGCGCGCGGACCAAGGCGCGCGCGCGGACCAAGGCGUGCGCGCGGAACAAGGCGCGCGCGCGGACCAAGGCGCGCGCGCGGACCAAGGCGCGCGCGUGGACCAAGGCGCGCGCGGACCCAGGCGCGCGCGCGGACCGAGGCGCGCGCGUGGACCGAGGCGCGCGCGUGGACCCAGGCGCGAGCGGACCAAGGCGCGCGCGCGGACCAAGGCGCGCGCGCGGACCAAGGCGCGCGCGCCGAACAAGGCGCGCGCGCGGACCAAGGCGCGCGCGCGGACCAAGGCGCGCGCGUGGACGAAGGCGCGCGCGGACCAAGGCGCGCGCGGACCAAGGCGCGCGCGCGGACCAUGGCGCGCGCGCGGACCAAGGCGCGCGCGCGGACCAAGGCGCGCGCGCGGACCAAGGCGCGCGCGCGGACCAAGGCGCGCGCGCGGACCAAGGCGCGCGCGCGGACCAAGGCGCGCGCGCGGACCAAGGCGCGCGCGCGGACCAAGGCGCGCGCGCGGACCAAGGCGCGCGCGCGGACCAAGGCGCGCGCGCGGACCAAGGCGCGCGCCGGACCAAGGCGCGCGCGAGGACCAAGGCGCGCGCGAGGACCAAGUCGCGCGCGCGGACCAAGGCGCGCGCGCGGACCAAGGCGCGCGCGCGGACCAAGUCCCGCGCGCGGACCAAGUCGCGCGCGCGGACCAAGGCGCGCGCGCGGACCAAGGCGCGCGCGCGGACCAAGGCGCGCGCGCGGACCAAGGCGCGCGCGCGGACCACGGCGAGCGCGCGAGCCACGGCGCGCGCACGGCGCGCGCUCGGACCACAGCGCGCGCUCGGACCAAGGCGCGCGCGCGGACCAAGGCGCGCGCGCGGACCAAGGCGCGCGCGCGGACCAAGGCGCGCGCGCAGACCAAGGCGCGCGCGCGGACCAAGGCGCGCGCGCGGACCAAGGCGCGCGCGCGGAACCACGGCGAGCGCGCGAGCCACGGCGCGCGCGUGGACCAAGGCGCGCGCUCAGACCAAGGCGCGCGCGAGGACCAAGGCGCGCGCGCGGACCAAGGCGCGCGCGUGGACCAAGGUGCGUGCGUGGAUCAAGGCGCGCUCGUGGACCAAGGCGAGCGCGCGGACCAAGUCGCGCGCGUGUACCAAGUCCCGCGCGUGGACCAAGGCGCGCGCGCGGACCAAGGCGCGCGCGUGGACCAAGGCGCGCGCGUGGACCAAGGCGCGCGAGGACCAAGGAGCGCGGGGACCAAGGCGCGCGCGCGGUACAAGGCGCGCGCGCGGAACAAGGCGCGCGCGCGGACCAAGGCGCGCGCGCGGACCAAGGCGCGCGCGCGGACCAAGGCGCGCGCGCGGACCAAGGCGCGCGCGCGGACCAAGGCGCGCGCGCGGACCAAGGCGCGCGCGCGGACCAAGGCGCGCGCGCGGACCACGGCGAGCGCGCGAGCCACGGCGCGCGCGUGGACCAAGGCGCGCGCUCAGACCAAGGCGCGCGCGAGGACCAAGGCGCGCGCGCGGACCAAGGCGCGCGCGUGGACCAAGGUGCGCGCGCGCGUGGACCAAGGCGCGCGCGUGGACCAAGGCGCGCGAGGACCAAGGAGCGCGGGGACCAAGGCGCGCGCGCGGUACAAGGCGCGCGCGCGGAACAAGGCGCGCGCGCGGACCAAGGCGCGCGCGCGGACCAAGGCGCGCGCGCGGACCAAGGCGCGCGCGCGGACCAAGGCGCGCGCGCGGACCAAGGCGCGCGCGCGGACCAAGGCGCGCGCAGCGGACCAAGGCGCGCGCGCGGACCAAGGCGCGCGCGCGGACCAAGGCGCGCGCGCGGACCAAGGCGCGCGCGCGGACCAAGGCGCGCGCGCGGACCAAGUCCCGCGCGCGGAACAAGGCGCGCGCGCGGACCAAGGCGCGCGCGCGGACCAAGGCGCGCGCGCGGACCAAGGCGCGCGUGGACCAAGGCGCGCGCGGACCAAGGCGCGCUCGCGGACCAAGGCGCGCGCGCGGACCAAGGCGCGCGCGCGGACCAAGGCGCGCGCGCGGACCAAGGCGCGCGCGCGGACCAAGGCGCGCGCGCGGACCAAGGCGCGCGCGCGGACCAAGGCGCGCGCGCGGACCAAGGCGCGCGCGCGGACCACGGCGAGCGCGCGAGCCACGGCGCGCGCGUGGACCAAGGCGCGCGCUCAGACCAAGGCGCGCGCGAGGACCAAGGCGCGCGCGCGGACCAAGGCGCGCGCGUGGACCAAGGUGCGUGCGUGGAUCAAGGCGCGCUCGUGGACCAAGGCGAGCGCGCGGACCAAGUCGCGCGCGUGUACCAAGUCCCGCGCGUGGACCAAGGCGCGCGCGCGGACCAAGGCGCGCGCGUGGACCAAGGCGCGCGCGUGGACCAAGGCGCGCGAGGACCAAGGAGCGCGGGGACCAAGGCGCGCGCGGCGGUACAAGGCGCGCGCGCGGAACAAGGCGCGCGCGCGGACCAAGGCGCGCGCGCGGACCAAGGCGCGCCGCGCGGACCAAGGCGCGCGCGCGGACCAAGGCGCGCGCGCGGACCAAGGCGCGCGCGCGGACCAAGGCGCGCGCGCGGACCAAGGCGCGCGCGCGGACCAAGGCGCGCGCGCGGACCAAGGCGCGCGCGCGGACCAAGGCGCGCGCGCGGACCAAGGCGCGCGCGCGGACCAAGCGCGCGCGCGGACCAAGGCGCGCGCGCGGACCAAGGCGCGCGCGCGGACCAAGGCGCGCGCGCGGACCAAGGCGCGCGCGCGGACCAAGGCGCGCGCGCGGACCAAGGCGCGCGCGCGGACCAAGGCGCGCGCGCGGACCAAGGCGCGCGCGCGGACCAAGGCGCGCGCGCGGACCAAGGCGCGCGCGCGGACCAAGGCGCGCGCGCGGACCAAGGCGCGCGCGCGGACCAAGGCGCGCGCGCGGACCAAGGCGCGCGCGCGGACCAAGGCGCGCGCGCGGACCAAGGCGCGCGCGCGGACCAAGGCGCGCGCGGACCAAGGCGCGCGCGCGGACCAAGGCGCGCGCGCGGACCAAGGCGCGCGCGCGGACCAAGGCGCGCGCGCGGACCAAGGCGCGCGCGCGGACCAAGGCGCGCGCGCGGACCACGGCGCGCGCGCGGACCAAGGCGCGCGCGUGGACCAAGUCGCGCGCGUGGACCAAGGCGCGCGCGCGGACCAAGGCGCGCGAGCGGACCAAGUCGCGCGCGCGGACCAAGGCGCGCGCCUGGACCAAGUCGCCACCACUUAG